CUCUAAUAAAUCAGCCUUCAACAAUCUUAAAUUUACUACAACGAAAUGGCUCGACGUCCCGUCUAUCAGCGGGAUAAUUUCCUCCAUAAUUCCUACGCUUGCAAUCCAGACUAAGACGAAAUGACAGACCGAUCGAGCCUUCGAAUCAAUGCCGACCGACUCAACGAGACUUUACAGUCAACUUGCACAUCAUGGGGGGCACUGGCGAAUUCAACGGGUAUGCGCAGGCUCGCACUCAGCCAGGAGGACAAACGAAUCAGAGACUGGUUGGUGGCAGAAUGCAAGGCACUGGGGUGCGAUGUGAAGGUCGAUCAGAUGGGCAAUAUCUUCGCAAUGCGGGCUGGCCUAGCCAAAGAACGGAAGCCCAUUGCUAUGGGAAGCCAUCUCGAUACUCAGCCUGCUGGUGGCCGCUACGAUGGAAUCCUUGGGGUCCAAGCUGCCCUUGAAGUCCUUCGCACGCUGAAGGAGAACAAUGUACAGACACACUGUCCAGUCACCCUGAUCGACUGGACGAACGAAGAAGGGGCACGGUUCCCUGGAGCGAUGAUGGCAUCAGGAGUGUGGAGUACAAAGUCUGCUACAGGACUUGAGGCUUGCUGGGAAAUCAAGGACAUUGAGGGCAUAUCUAUGAGGAAGGCUCUCGAAGUAACGAGUUAUCUGGGAGAUACGCCUUGCGAUUACAGAGAAAACGGCCUCGAGUCUUAUUUCGAGCUUCAUAUUGAACAAGGGCCUAAGCUUGAAGCCGCUGGCAAGAAAGUCGGUGUUGUUACGUCUGUUCAAGGGAUGAAGUGGCAUAGGGUGAGGGUCUCAGGAGUUGAAGGUCAUUCUGGAACAACUCCGAUGAUUGGCAGAUCUGAUGCUUUAGUGACCGCUUCAAGACUGAUCACAGCUGUGCGAGACACAGCGAAAUCUACAAAUUUAGGUGUAGCGACCGUCGGUGUUCUUUCAAACGAUACUCAGAGCCAGGCCACAAUUCCGAGUGGAGUCGAAUUUAUUAUAGACGUCCGUUGUUCUACAGAUGGAAUGGUGGAGGAACUCUGUACGGCAAUAUUCAAAAAUUUCGAGGAGAUUAUAGCUGCAGAGAGCAACAACACAAGUUUCGAAGUCGUCAAAACGUGGGGACUUCCAGAAAGUAUCUUUCACGAGGAUUGUAUUGAGGCAGUCCGUUCUGCAGCUACUUUGGAGGUGGGAGGAUCCCAAAUUGUGGAGAUGAAGAGUGGUGCUGGCCAUGAUGCUGCUUGGACAAGCAAAGUGGUCAAGUCUUCUAUGAUAUUUGUUCCCUCCCGAGACGGAAUAAGUCACAACCCUGCAGAGUUUACGACUGCGGAAGACUGCGCAUUGGGGUGUCAGAUUCUGCUUCAAGCCGUCCUUGCAUAUGACGAGGGUGUGAAAAAUGGCACCAUAUCAUAGCAAGAGCCAUUUCGAAGCCAUACAACCAUUUCCAACCUCUUUCUAAUGAUCGCCGAUCCACUCUUCCACCCAUACAAAGGUGCGACUCGGAAAUGUUUGUUAACUUUGACAUCGCGGGGUCAAUUCCGCCAUGGUUCCUCCCCGCCUGCACCCCGCAACC